GUUUCGGGUGAGUUGAAGCAGGUGUUUGCAGUCGGGGGGGUGUGAUGGGGCGCAGGACAGGCCAGCCCAGGUUUUUGGGGACGCUCCACUCAGAGAGGUGCCCGUCCCUGUUUCACCGCUCUCACCCGUGCUGCCCCGUCCCCACAGGUCUGUCGAAGAUGCACUGGUCACCAGAGCAUGCCCAGUCCCUGAACCAGUGGCCGGAGCAGCACCUGGACGUCUCCUCCACCACCUCCUCGCCGGCCCACAAGUCCGACCUGUACCCCAGCACCCGCCAGCGCUUCAACUACGCCUGGGCCAACGACGACAUCUCGGCGCUCACGGCCUCCAACCUCCUCAAGAGGUACGCCGAGAAGUACUCGGGGGUGCUGGACGCGCCCUACGAGCGCCCGGCGCUCGGCGGAUACGGGGAUGGCGCCUUCGGGCCCGUUAACGGGCAGAAGGGGGACGGGGAGCCCUGGCCGGGGGCUCACGGCUCCGACGGCACCUACCCCCUGACGCCCAUCCACGAUGGCCUCCCCGGCGCCAAGGGGGUGGUGCCGCCCGCCGUGCCCGCCGCCGGCGGGGCCAUCGGGCUCGGCGGCUCCCCGGUGGUGUCGGCCAACCUCGCUGACCCCAUGUACCCCGGGAACUCCUGUGGGGGAGCCGCCGCCGGCUCCGGCGGGCUCGGGGCGUCUCAGGAGUACCCCUCGGGCUACGGCGGCACCUACUUGCCCUCCGGCUACUGCGCCCAGCCGGCGGCGGCGCUCCCCCCCCCGCACCCGUCCGCCCUCCACGGCUCGGGGCUCCUGCAGCCCCCGCACCCCUCGCCCGCCCUGGUGCCGGGCUACGGCUCCUCGGGCCCCAUGUACAACUACGCCGCCGGCAGUUACCCGCCGCAGCCGGGCUACGGGGGCAUCCACCCGCCCCACCCGCCCGCCUCCUACCUGCCCUCCGGCAUCGCGGCGCCCACCCCCAUCCCGGCCCCGCCGCCCGCCGCCCGCCCGCCCGGGGUGCCCGGGUACGGCUACCAGGGCGCCGCCGGGCUGGCCCCCCUGGCCGUGCCGCCGCUGGGCACCGAGGCGGGCGCGCUGAAGAGGAAGGCGUUCGACGUCGGCGGGGAGGACGACGGGGAGGGCAGGUACAGGAAAUACAGCUACGAGCAGCCAAAGUCCCCCUACCCCAUGUCGGACAACGGCGAGUGCCGGGGGAACGGGUUCGCCGAGUCGCCCCAGGUGGCCUUCAAGCCCGGGAAGCGGCCGGCGGGAGCGGGGAGCGCCGAGGAACACGCCGGCAAGUACGGCGGGCAGCAGAUGAAGGGCGUGGUCUCGCCGCCCUACGGCGCCGGGGACGCUCCGCUGCGGCCGGCGGAGCCCUUCGAGAAGUUCAGCCCCCCCCUCGCCAACGGGGAGCGGGCGGCGGAGCCGGGGCCCCCCUUCCCGCUGCGGCUGCCCCCCAAAGCGCCGGUGUUCGGCGGCGGCGCCGCCGCCCCGGUGGAGGAGCAGCCCAAAAACGUCGACCCGCUGGUGCUGGAGCUGGUGAACACCAAGGUGGUGGAGCGGGGGCCGCCGGUGCAGUGGUCGGACGUGGCCGGGCAGGUGUCGGUGAAGGCGGCCAUCGAGGAGGAGCUGGUGUGGCCCAUCCUGCGCCCCGGCGCCUACAGCGGCGCGAGCCACCCGCUGCGGACCCUGCUGCUCUUCGGCCCCCGCGGGACCGGGAAGACGCUGCUGAGCCGCUGCAUCUCCACCCAGCUGGGCUCCACCCUGCUGAGGCUCAGCGGGGCCACCCUGCUCUCCACCUGGAAGGCCGAGGCCGAGAAGAUCCUGCAGACCGUGUUCUUCGUGGCCAGCUGCCGCCAGCCCGCCGUGGUGCUCAUCACCGAGGCCGAGGCCCUGCUCGGGGACGGCGGGCAGGCGAGCAACCUCAAGUCCCAGCUCCUCUCCUACCUGGACAACGUGGCUACCUCAUCCGAGCAGAACGUGGUGGUCAUCGGGACCACGGCCCGGCCGGGCAGCAUGGACGAGGCGUCGCACCGGCGCUUCGGCACGCGGCUCUACAUCCCGCUGCCGGACGGCGCCGCGCGCCGGCACAUCCUGCGCCAGGCCCUGGCGCAGCAGAGCUGCUGCCUGAGCGAGCGGGAGCUGGCGGCGCUGGCCCAGCGCACCGAGAGCUUCUCCGGCGCCGAGCUCCUGCGGCUCUGCCAGCACGCCGGGGCCGCGCGCCGCGCCCUGCCGGGACCCUCCCCUACCUCCUACCAGGACCUGGAGAAGGCGUUCUGCAAGGUCCGCCCCGCCGCCUCCCAGAAGGAGCUGGACUUGUUCCUGGAGUGGGAUAAGAUGUACGGAACCAGGCACUGACGGCAGC